UUUAGUUCUGUACGCGGAAGAAUGCAGUCGUAUUUUAUAAAUUCUCUGUCCAAAAACUAAUCCAAUUUUGAUCUUGAUAAAUGACAUGAGAGAAAUGUUAAUGAUCAUCGAAUCAAACCAUAUUCAGUGUUUAUUAAUAGAAACGGAGCGCACCCUGUUUAUGAGAUCAUCAGUAAGCAGAAAAUUAACGGAAAGAAACAAAACUCAACAUCUAACAUAAAGCAAUCUGUUUGGAUAAACAAUAAGUUUUUUGAGCACUAAGUGAGGAAGUUAGUGCGAUUCAUAGCAAAAUGAGUGAACACGAAGAUUUGGAAGACGGAGAGAUCGAAGACGGCGAAAUCGAGGAUGACGAGGAUGACUUUCCGGUUGUAGCGACUUGUGAACCAGUUACUCAAAAUGCACAUCCUAUCCAAAUAGUAGAAGACGAAUGGGAUGACGAUACCAAUACUCUUGAAACUCGUGAAAAGACACAAAAUGUGAAAAAUAUAAAUGACUCAAAACCCCGUCUAAUCGAUGAACCUGCUUCUGUAACCAAAUCUUCCAAAAGAAGUAAGCCAUCACCUGUAGUUGACGAUUGGGCCACAAGCGUUGAAAAUGCUAUUGCUAACGCUUUGAAGAAAGAUGGUGUCCAGCCACCAAUGCCAACAAUCAGUAAUCAUAACGACGAAAAUGAAAGUAGUGAAGUGCCUACGAAGCGAAAGAAAAGGGAGAAGCAUAAGAAGAAACUAUCUCCGAACAAGUUGGACGAGAUGGACGAAAUGGAUCUCGAGUACGAGAUGUUACAUGUGCGAGGUGGCAGCCCAAGACCCACCUUGAACGUUGGGGCUAAAAAUACAGAUCGAAGCGAUUCUGAAGACAGUUACAGUUCAGACGAGUCUCGUGAUCACGAGCGAGAUCGUGACAGAGAUAGGGAUCGAGAGCGACGGGAUCGCGACCGGGAACGAGACAGAGAGUACAAUCGCCGAAAACGUAAAAACCGCCAGCGCAACAGGGCGAACCGCGAUGGCCGCAAGCGGAAGAGGGACGAUUCGGAUGAUGAUAAACACCAUAGUCGUAGCAAUGGUCCUCGUAAAAUGGAAUUAUGUAAAUUUUACUUAAUGGAUUGCUGUGCAAAACGAGAAAAAUGCUUAUAUAUGCACUCGGAUUUUCCAUGCAAGUACUACUACUUAGGUUUAAAAUGCAAAGAAAAGGAAAAAUGCCUUUUCAGUCAUGGUGAGCCCUUAACAGACGAGUUAAGGGCAAUUUUAAUGAAGCAUUUAGAGACAGCUCCCCAGGAAAUUCUCGGGGAUUUUCCUCGAAUCAGUCGAGAGAGCGCGGCGACAAUGGUUAACGCCACACACCGAAAGCUCAUGGAAAAAUUCGGUAUGACUGAUAAGACUGUAACAGAUAAUCCGGCAGCGAGUGGAAAGAUUCCUUCACUCCUAGAACUGAUGGAAGCUGGUGAUCGAGGGAACAAAAAUCGUAGGUCAAGAUGGUGUGAAAAAUCUGGUGGCACAAGCCACGGGCGCAGUAAGGCAAAUGAUGGAUCUGGUGACGAUUUCUUGAGUUUGAAGUAUCUAACUGGAGUUAUAUCGCAAGACCAAAUCGUGAAACUGGAAGAAAUGGGCAUCCACAAUUUGGAUCAAAUCAGUCAGCUAACAGUAGCUCAACUGAAUGAACUGGGUUUAAGCAUAGGUCAAAUAAAUGAGCUGCAACUGAAUACAUUAAACAUGAAAACCUUGAGAGAUAACAUCUCGAAGCAAGAUCCAAAGUCGGAUGAUCCUGACUUCGUGGAAACGGCACCUCAUAAAGAUUUGGAUAUGCGUAUAACACCUACUCAUAGAACGUUACAGAAAGACGAAGAGAUUCCAUCACUCGGUGGCAAAGACGUCGAUAUGAGAUUCCUUCCGUUGGUUAACAAUGUACAGGAAACACCUGGUGGAGAGAAUUCUAACAGCCAGGAAGGUCAAUUAGAGUUAGUUUCAACUUCGCUCAACAGUUUAAUCAAAACACCAACUGUUGAUUAUUCCCAGUAUCUCAAAGAUUCGAACUUGAAUGACGAUGAAGAAAUUUAUAACACCGAGAAUGCAGACAAACUUUUAAUCGCUCACGAUGAUGAGGAUGACGAUGACGAUGAAAACAAUCUCAAAAUCAGUAUCGACGAUGAAGAACAGGACGAAAGUGGAAAGGAUAGUUCAAGCAAACCCGAGAAUGAAGAGCGCAAAGCAGAAAAUAAACUGUUCAAUCUCCAACCGGCAGUAUUUGAUACUAAAUUAGUUAGCCAUUCGUUAGCAACUCACAAAAUCGACUACUCAAAGCCUUUCGGAAUGUAUAGAUCGGCAGAGGAAGAAUAUGGAAAACCAGAGGAAUCCUGUAUUCUUGAUCGAUAUGAAAAUGACUCCGAUUCAGCAAAAGGCCGAACGGAUAUAUACAGUCGUAAAUCGAUGUACAGCAAUAGUACUGUCUCUGAAAUACCAUCGACCUACAAGGGAAAUAAUUCUCCAAACUCUCUGACGGUGGGGUGGACACCAACAUCAGGAAGUGUGACUUCUUCCAAUCCUACCACUAAAGUCAAUCUUCAAGCACCGAAACCGUCACGGGCGUCUAUUUACGAUGAUCCUUAUGCCAGCGACAACAGCGACGACAGUGAUUCUAAGUCAAAAACAUUAAUGUAUGGUGAAAAAGAUAAGGAUAUGAGACUGAACUUUCUCCAAAUGGAUGGAAAGUUAGGCGACGAUAGUAAUGCUCCCAAUGACAUAGAUUUAAGACUGCCAUUUAAACCUAUAAUGACCAAUUACAUACCAGCAACAGAGAUCGAUGGAUCCAUCUCUUCAAACCCGUCAAUCGAAUAUAAGGUCUACGAGAUAGAUAUACCUAAGCCAAACUACAAAGAUAUACGACGGAAUACACCACGACCGGAGCGAACCAAAGAUCCAAGGUUGAAGCGGAUUUUUGGAAUGUACAAUGACGACGACAAUGUCAAGCAAGACUCAUUGAUACAGAGUAUAAGAUCUCCAACGCACCCCUCGUCGAAUAAUGUAACUGCUGGACCUAUCGCACCCCGUAUAGACCCACGAACAAAGCGGAACCUAGAAAGCAAACCUCAAACACAAGGAACUGCUGUUGAUAAUAGCAUCAUCGCUGGCACCAGUGGUAAUAAGGCGAACUCUUCACAGUUCGAUGUCCAAAGCAUACUCCAGCGUUCGAACUGGUACACUGAUCUAAGUUCCAAGCACAAGAUCAUGGUCAACCAGCAAUUGGCGAUACUUUCAACCGAAAUGAAAAAGUAUCACAAUUCGGAUAAAUCGACCGAAAAGUUGGCAGACUUUAUGCAACUUCUCGCCAACAAUCAAAUGUUGCAAUUUAUACUGACCAAUCUGAAUGUAUAUGUUGACGAUUCGGUAUCAUUCUGCGAGGUUCCUCUAGUACCCUCCCAGCCACCACCACUGCUUUCUGUUCCCCCGCCAAAUAUCAACCUUCAUUCGAUGAGUUUCCUUCCCCCGGUAAAUAUCCCUCCUCCCGUUUCAAAACCACCGUCACUGUUUGAUUUGCCUCGAUUCAACUGUCCCCCGGAGGUUCGACCAGGUUUAUUGGGCGUUGCACCAAAUAUGCCUUUCGAGCAGUUUCUUGCGAUGGGCCAGAUCAACAAAAGCAAUCCGCCACCACUUUUGGACGAGUGGGACGAUAAUAUCGAGGACGGACUGGGUGGAGGUGGCGGCCCACCUGGUAAUGGCGGAUUCCAGCCCAACUUUGAACGCAAUUUCAGCAACGUUCGUAAUAAUGUCAUGAGAGGUAACAACAGGAUGGGUAAUAAUUUCAGAAAUAAUGAUCGUUGGAAUAACUCGCGUGGAGGAGGAGGAGGUGGCAACCCUAAUCGUCGUAAUAAUAAUCCCCGACGAAUGGAUAAAAAAAAGUAAAAAUAUCCAAGUGGUCGGAUCCGUUAGUGCCGAAUGCAAAUGGGAGUAUAACAUUGGUACGUGAGCGAUGAUAUAUGACUAUCAUCCUUGAUAGUUCCGCGUUUAAUCUCGAACAUAAAACAUGAAAGCCGAUGUCGACGAGCUUCCAUUCCCCGCUUUUUAAAAAAAAGAAUGUUAGCUUCAAUCUAGUUUUUCUUUGCAAAGCCUCUUUGUACAUAAUUAUACCAUGUGAAUAGACCUUUCAACAGUGGACAGAAAAAUAUUGUUUGUUUCACUACAAUGCAUUAAAUCUCGCCCUGGAGUUUUAAUAUAUAAUAUAAGAAGCCCAAUGAAUGGUUGGUUCUCACGCAUACUCUAAUUCAUCCACAUCCACUAACCUGAAUUGAACCAGGUUCGAGAAGUAUUUAUUAAAAAUGAGAGAAAGUAUGAAUAAUUGCUUUGGGCAACUCUAAUAAUCUGUCAAAUAUUUUGGUUUAUGUUAAUAAUUAGUACUAUUACAUGUAUGGCUAUAAAUAUAAGACUUAUUGUAAUUAGUAGAGAGAUAAACCAGAGAGAUUAUUCUUAGAAUCAAA